CAAGAAAGUUUGGUGGAACAACUUCCUCCCAUUUCAGUAAAAAAAGAAAAAAAAACAUAUAGAAUUCGAAAGAAAAAUUUUAUCCGAAUCCUCGUCGGAUCAUAAUUACGUCUAGGUCCAACCGUCCUUCGUAUCCCAGGCGGUUCUAAUUUUCUAAUCCCUUUUCGACAAGCCCACCUCGCGUUAAAAACUCGUCGCUGCUUCUCGCGUCUCCUCCGGCGGUCCUCCCGCCGGCGCGAUGGAUGCUCACCACGCAUCCCUAGGACGACGAAGGUUGGAAGAGAUCCGCCAAAAGAGAGCUGCCGAAAGAUUACACAAAGCCUCGUCUGGAUCCGAUCUGGAAUCCUCCGAUCCAUAUGGGACUUGGAGAUCCGAUGGUGGAAAUCGGGCAGCAGAGACAGAUUCUUAUGCAUUAGUUAAAGAGCUCGAGAACAAAAAUGCAGAAUUAGAAAGAGAAAAUCGGAAGCUUUUGUCAAAGCUUGAAGAAAAGGAAGUUGAAAAUGAUUCAUUGACGAAGCGAAUAAAUGAUCUGGAACAAAAUACCUUGCCUUCCUUGCGGAAAUCUCUCAAGGAUGUUUUUAUAGAAAAGGAUGCAGCAGUUGUUGCGAGGGAGGAUGCUCUGUCCCAACAUCGGACCAUGAAGAAACGGUUGAAGGAGGCAGAAGAGGAGCAGUACAGAGCUGAGGAGGAUGCUGCAUCUUUAAGAGCAGAAUUAAAUUCACUACAGCAACAAGGAAUGGGGAAUUCUUUUAGUAGCAUCCCUUUAAGUGACUCAACAGAGCAAAUUCUUGUCAUGGAAAAAGAAAUAAUGGAUUUGAAGACUGAGUUACAGCAAGAGUCACUGUUGAGGCAACAAGAGCAACAAAAACUAGCUGAAGAGCAGCUUCGAACUUCUUCCCUUAUGUCUGAGAAGCAGGAGCUGGAAGAUAGACUUGCAGUUUUGACCAAAAAGAUUUCAGAAGACUCUUCAGAUUUAGCUGCUCGCAAGGGACUCUCUGUGAAAGACAAGGAGAAACUUGAAAAACAGCUGCAUGAUAUGGCAAUAAUGGUUGAGAGGCUUGAGAACAGUCGACAGAAACUAUUGAUGGAGAUUGAUUCACAAUCUUCAGAGUUAGAAAGGUUAUUUGAAGAGAACUCUAAUUUGUCUGCUUCUUAUCAAGAUGCAUUAGGACUUGCAGGGCAGUGGGAGAGCCAGGUGAAAGACUGUCUGAAGCAGAAUGAAGAGCUUCGUCACCAAUUGGAUAAGCUGAGAACUGAACAAAUCAACCCACUGCAAGCAACUGAUAAUACUGCCCAGUCAUACAUGGAAACUGAGAGAGGAACUAUACCUGAUCCAUCAGAAUCUGGUGCUGAAAAUUUGUUGCUUAAGGAUCAACUUGUCAAGGAAAAAGGCAGAGCCGAGGCACUGGCUGCAGAGGUUAUGAAGCUCACGGCUGAACUUAGACGUGCAGUCCAAGCACACAACAAUCUCACACGCCUCUAUAGACCAGUACUACGAAACAUAGAGAAUAACCUAAUGAAAAUGAAGCAAGAAACCUUUGCAUAAAAUGGUGAUCAUUGUGGAGCCAAAGAAUAGCCUAUAAAUUUUGUGUUCAGGGAUAUGCCAAUUGAGAUCCAUGAACUGAUGCAGUUGGUGGCUAUUGGAGCAUGAUGAGCCUACUCCUUAUCCAGAAGGUGAUCGAUAAAUGUUGUGGCUGCUUUUCAGAGUUUGGUGCUUGAAGUCCUCAAUUUGAUCAUUUUAAAAUUUUCAAUUCAGUUUAUUCUAGGUUUUAGAGUUCUUGAUAUUGACGAGCGCUUCACCAUGUAUACAAUAAGUGGGCUUGUGGUAUGUACUACAAAAUUUUGUGCAAGGAAACAUACUUGUGUCAAAUGAUCGCAUUUCAGCUGGUUAAUCGAUUGGAGUUUGUCUCUCACA